GUUUGUACUCUCAGCGGUGGGGCAUGUCCAAAGCAAACCCGUCUUCGACAAUUUCGCACUUUCUCUCUCUAAAACAAAAGCAUAAAAGGCAGAGUUUCCCUCACUAGAAGCCACAGCAGAGCGGAGCACGUAAAUUCAAACUGUCCGCGAUACUGACGGUGAGAAGUGGGGCUCAAAAUUUUGCACACGCAGGUUUGGAAGCCUAGAAAUUGUAGUGAAAGGGAGAGAGUGAAAUAUCGGAAGCCCUAGAAAUCCGCAGAUUCAGCUAUGGCGUCGUCGAAGGUGAUGGCGUCAACGGCGUCGACAAAUUCGGAUCUGCCGCGCCAGUCAUCUAUAUGUUCACUCACGAUCGCGGAGCUCCAGAGCGAUCAGAACAAGAAUUUCGGGUCCAUGAAUAUGGACGACCUGCUUAAGAACAUCUACGGUGACAACCUCUCCCCGGAGAGUUUCUCGACGGCGGCGGGGAACAACGGAGAUGGAGGCGGCGGGGGCGUGGGCGGGGUCGACGAGGGAGGGUCACUGUCGCGGCAGGGGAGCUUCUCGCUGUCGCGGCAGGGGAGCUUCUCGCUGCCGAAGAGCGUGGGGAACAAGACUGUGGAUGAGGUGUGGAAGGAGAUCGUGGCGGGGAAUGAUCAGAGGCGGGUGGGUGCAGGGGAGGCUCUGGAGGAGAUGACUCUGGAGGAUUUUCUGGCCAAGGCUGGGGCAGUGAGGGAGGAAGAUGUGAGGGUUCAGGUAAUGGGCGGAGCAGGGAGUUACGGUGUGGAUGCGAUGAUGAACGGUCAAUUUCAGGCGCCGCAGAUGCAAGCGCAGGGUGUCGAUGGGGCAAUGGUGGCCUUUGGGAAUGGCAUUGAUGGAAGAGUUACUGGCGCUGGAAGAGGAAAGAGAAGAGCGGUGGAGGAGCCGGUGGAUAAGGCUACGCAGCAAAGGCAGCGGCGGAUGAUCAAGAACAGAGAAUCGGCAGCCAGGUCCAGGGAGCGAAAGCAGGCUUACACAGUUGAGCUAGAGUCGCUGGUGACCCACCUGGAGGAGGAGAAUGCACGGCUCUUAAGAGAGGAGGCUGAACAGUCUAAGGAGAGGUAUAAGCAGGAAGCAUUGAAACAUUUGAAAUGAAUUCACAUUAUAGAUGGUGUCAGUUUGGUUGCAACCAUACACGUUUACCCUUAAGCACAGAUCAGGAGUUAAAAACAAGGUAGCUGAUAAAUUGCUACACUUUCCAUGGCACACAUCUACAUUAUUGUGGGUUUUUGUCGAUUAAUGCUUACUUUUAAGUUGAUAUGAAAAGAAUGUAUGGAUGACAAAACACAUACUACCUUUUGGUUUGUGCUUCAUGACAAUCUGUUCCAUGGGGAUCUGUUGUGUGCAUUUCUGGAGAUUAUUUGAAGAGUAUUAUCAUCAAGUUGCAUAGAAUGGCAGGUAAUUUUUGUCAGGCAAAGAUGACAACGAUAGUCGAGUAGAGGUACUUUUUUGUUAUGCAGUGUCGUAUGCUCUAUGCAGUUGUUGUAUUUGUCAGGUGUUCAAGUAUUAGACAGAAAAUACUGGUCUUCAAUGGUUGGCACAUACAUGUAAAAAUUUGGGCAUAGGUUUUAUUUGUUCAAGGAAUAUCUACUAUCACUAGGAAAGUUGGUUUUGUAUUUUUCUACUGGUCAAUAAGUUCUCAAAAAUGGCUUGAGGUGGUCAAUAAUGCAUGGGUAACUCGUUCAUUUAUCUUAGACUAAGACAUUAAGAUUUGUGUCAUUUCUGGAGAAUACUUUGCAAAAGGUUAGGGACUACAGCAGCACAUGUCAUCCUCAGUUAUAAUGGACAAAGGUUAGUUGCAACUUGGUAAAUCAUUUAAGAUCUUUAAUAAGUGAAAGACCAAAGUAGUGGGAACUGACGAUUGCUGAAAUGGAGUUGGCAUAUAAAAUUUAUGUCAAGUGUAAACAAUCUAUCUAUGUGUAUUUAAACAAUCUAUCUAUGCUUAUAGACAAUCUAUGUGUGUAUUCCUAUGUAUUUUCAACUGAACCUUGGUACUCAUAUUGAGAGUUCUAAAAAGAGAUUCCAUAUUGGUUACAGUCCCAGUUCUUAAGUUGUAAGCUUGGCACAAUUGAGGCAUUGUACAUAAAAUUAAUUUGGUGUAGAGGAUUUGGCUAUGAUAUAUUUAUGACAUAAGAGAUUUUGACUUUAUCCUUUCUUUUUUCCUUUUUAAUGAAAAACUGGGGAAUUCCAUACAGAUUUUUACCCACUAGCAGGAAAGGUGAACACUAUAUUCCUUCCUUUUGUUGGGAACAUCCCCCUACGACAUUAUUACCUUGUUUUGUCUAAGUCCACAAAAGUGAAUAAAGACUAUUAAAUUCUAGUUAAAAAAUUAUAAAACUAUUCCCCUAGUGAGGAAGUGAGAGGAUGAGGUGUCAUUCCAAAGAUUUAAUUAAAAAAAGCUAGAAGAAUUCUUAAUACACACACACACUAAUCAAAAGCCGAAAACAAAGCUACAAUACAAAACCAAACCAAGCAAAACAAACCAGACUCAAGGGUAGUUGUCUGCCAGUGUGCAUGUAUUUUGUUUAUUGAGUUUUUCAGGCUAGAACUCAGCCUCAAGCUCAUCCCAUCAUACUUCCAUGGGAUUGGAGUAGAUGAUCAAUAUUAACUGCCUUGUGCUUAGACUGAGAUCAGGCUGUCCCUGAUUAAGCUUAACCUAGCUCAGUUCAGACUAGUGCAACUUACAGCCUGUGAUCCAGUGUGGAAACCAUUCCCACCAUUAAUCAUUAUAUAGAGGAAAAGAAAACCUGAAACAUGUCCUAAAACCAAAAAGAAUCCUCUAUAAAUCGUGAAAAUUGACUAACUUCAAAUAUUAUGUUGUAAUAAAAAAUAAAAUCUGCUUGUUUCUGUUUAUAUGUAUGCAUAUGGUGGAAUGCUUUUGUUUAUAUAAGUUAUACAGGCCUUUGAUAAGCAUAAUUCCUUGUCAUGUUCUAUAUGCAGCGACAUUUGUAAUUGUAAGUUCUAGCAAAGGUGUUGUCAAUUAGAUUAAAGAAAGUUAUGGGGAAAAGUGGUGUCCAAGUUUCAAAAUGCAUUUGUAGAGGGGAGACAAAUUUUAGAUGCGGUCCUUAUAGCGAAUGAAGCAAUUGAUUCAAUGUUAAAGGAUGGUUCUAGUGGUGUCAUUUGUAAAUUGGACAUUGAAAAUGCCUAUGACCAUGUCAAUUGGGCUUUCUUGCUAGUAGUUAUGGAAAAAAUGGGUUUUGGCCAAAAAUUGAUUUGUUAGAUUCUCCGGUGCAUAUCCUGGGACUCCUUUUGGUUUCUUUCAUAGCUCGAGAGGGUUGAGACAAAGGGAUCCUCCUUUUUUGUUUGUUUUGGCUAUGGGGGUGUUGAAUCGUCUAUUGGAGAUAACUAUGGAGGGGGGGUUACUUGUCAAGUUUUAGGGUGAGAGGGAGGGGGUAGAGUUGCCUAAUCUUUUAUUUAUAGAUGAUACUUUGGUCUUUCGUGAGGACUCCCUAGAUUAAUUGGUUCAUCUAAGUUGGUUGCUAAUAUGGUUUGAAGCAUUAUCAAGGCUUAAAAUUAAUCUAUAAAAAAGUGAAUUCAUUCCAAUUAGAGGGGUUACAAAUGUAGUUUUGGCAAUGGAAUUAGGAUGCAAGGUGGGAAAAAUUCUUUCUACUUACCUAGGAUUUGCCUUUGGGGAGCCCCUUGCAGAUCAAAAGCAAUUUGGGACGAAGUGGAAGAGAAGUUUUGUAGGAAGAAGUACUUUUCCAACCUUGCCAAUAUAUUACAUGUCUUUUUUUGUAAUCCUAAAAAGGUCAAAUUGAGAUUAGAGAAGAUUCAAAGGGACUUUCUUCGAGGAGGUGGGACUUUGGAGAAAAAGCCUCAUUUGGUUAGUUGGUCAAUUGUUUGCACAUGUAAGAGAAAGAGGGGCUUGAGCAUUAGAAGUCUCUCUUUUCUGAAUCGGGCCCUCCUUGGUAAGUGGAGUUGUAGAUAUGUUGUUGAUGGAAAAGUUUUUUUGGAAGCAAAUUAUAGAAGGAAAGUAUGGGAAGGAAGGUGCAGGUUGGCACUCUUGUGAAGUUAGAGGUGGUUAUGGGGUUGAUGUUUGGAAUGCUAUUAGGAAGGGAUGGGAUCUUUUCUUUACUAGAACCUCUUUUGAAGUGGGUAAUGGCAAAAGAAUUAAGUUUUGGAUGGAUAAAAGGAGCCCUUAUGUAACUCCUUUCCCUCUUUAUAUAUGUUGGCUAUGUCAAAGGAGGCCUGGGUGGUGGGUUUGUAGGAAGACUUAGAAGGGAUGGGACAUUGGAUUUCGUACCUUCACUAGGCAUUUUAAUGAUUGGGAGUUGGACGUUGUUGAGACCUUUUUCUCCAUAUUGCGAGCAAAGGCGGCUAGAAGAAGAUACUGACAAGGUGAUUUGGAAAAAAGGCUAAAAAACAUUACUGUUUUUAGUCAAAUUUUUCUACUCGGCCUUAGAAGUGGGGAGGGCUGUCCAUUUGCCAAUGAACAUUAUCGGAAACCCGUGGCAAUCCAAAGUGAGUUCUUUUGCAUAGGAAGCCAGUUGGGGAACAGUUUUGACUUUAGAUAAUCUCCAAAACAAGGGCAACCACUAAUGAAUAGAUGCUAUCUUUUCAAACUGGAGGGGGAAUCUAUUGAUCCCUUACUUCUUCACUGCUCGAAACUCCAAAGCAAGGAUUCUAUGUAAUGGUGGAGCUAGAAAGAAAGGUUAGGGGGCUAGGAUAUGAAAUUUAUUUCAGGGGAGGAGGCGGUGCUGAAUAACAUUCAAGUAUUUGUAUAGCCUAAUGGUAGCCAUCCAUUUUUAUUCAAAAUCGUAGAUCCAGGAAUCAAAUCCCUUCUUUUACACUUUUUUUUCCAAAAUUGAAGGGGGAGCAUCUGCCCCUCCUAGGCACAAGGUGGCUCCACCCCUUAUUCUAUGGCACCUUUUGUUUUCCUUAUUUGUAUAGAUUGGGUGAUCCUUUCUUCGGUGAAAUAUACCCUUUUAAGUUGGCAUGACUCUUUUGUAGGGAAGAAAAGGAUAUCUUUGGUGAAAAAAAAAAAAGACUCAAUGCCUUGUUGAUUUUGUAGUGGGUGGGAUCUUAUUGAGUGUUACAGUGUUUUUUUUUUUGUGUACUUUUUUCUAACGCCUUCCUUUAGGUGCUCAUUGUAUGCAUCUUGUGUGCUAUGUACUUUUUUUUAUUACUAAUUUAUGCAUACUUAUCUUUACCUAUAAAAGAAAACCUCUUUUUAAGACAGUGUAUAGCCCCUUUUCCUAGGUUAUUUAGCUUCAAAGUUGUUCCAUGACAUCAAAAGCCACACCAGAGAAAACAUGUUAGCCAGUUCUGUUUAAACUGACGAGGAUUAUUCUUCUCAGUGGUACUUUCUUCCCAUGUUAAGGUGUAUCACAUAUACACCCUUGCUGUCUGUUAUUCUCUCUGUUUUUGGAGGAUUGCUAAGUCCCUAAAUGAUCCUUUCAGGGAAAUUAUUUUUGCUUCUUUUGUCUAGGGGAAAAGUAUAUUUUGGGAAUAAAAUAUAUACUAAGCAAGAAGAUUGUCAUAUAGGCCUUUUUUUUUCUAACAAAUGUUUGUUGGCAUUAAAUAUGUUCACACUGUCAAAUGGAAGCUGCACGUUAUUGUCACUGUGAUGUUGGUUGGCUGUAGAAUUUGUACUAGCAUGAAGGUUCUCUGUUUUUCCUGGAGAGGGCAUCCUAAGAUAUACAAGGAAGUUAUUUUCCAUCAUUUUGAAUCAUCAGAUAUUAAAAAUCAACAAAAGUGGCUUUCUGUUUUCUUCUCUGAUCAGUUUUUCCCUUCACUGAAAUGUUGCUCUGCAUUAUAUAAGGGAGCUUAUUAUCCAACAGCUUUGUCAUUCUUGCUUCAUUUAUUUGGGCUUUGAUUGAAAUAAAAUGUAGCCUUUAAUCUCAUGGUUCAUUCGAGUUAUAACUCCCUGUUUGUUCUCUAUUUGAU